AUGACAGAUUUCUUUCACCCAGCUGUGAAAAAGGGCCUUCCUCAUCCGGCCAUUCUUGGUCUCACCGCAAGUCCAGUUCAGGGUAAGAAGCUCGAAGGCAUCGAGCUGCUAGAGGGUACAAUGCAUGCAACUUGUGUGACGCCGACACUGCAUCGCGACAAUCUCAUUUUGCACACAAAACGCCCGUCAACGUUUCGGCACAUAUGUGACCCUGGCCUGGACAACACCCAGUCGUCACAACACGGCCGCAAUCUUUUAGCUCUCGCGAGGUUGCUCAGCAGUUUGUCUGGCGGGUCACAGAUUCCAGAGCUCAGCCAUGUCAAUAACCACUUUUCUGGCAUGAUAAGCGAGGGAGACAUUAAGUGGACGCACAAAUUUAUCUCGUCCUUUCACCGAAAAGCCUGCACUAUCUGUGCAUACCUCGGAUCGUGGGCUGCGGAGUACUACGUUCACCAAAUUGUUCGACGAUGCAUCAGCAAUCUGAGUAGCCGCCUGCCUGGUGAGAACGAACCAUAUCUACUGGCCAUUCUCCAGUUUGUGGUGACCAAGCGUCCGCGGCGACUGACUGCGGACAACAGUCACAAAGAUCAUGUCGAUUUUCACAGUGGUUUGUCAGUUCGGGUGCAGAAGCUUGUAGAGAUUCUUUGCAACCACGAAGCAGAAUUCCCUACGGGUAUCGUAUUCGUCAGGGAGCGGCCAAUGGCCGCCGUUUUGUCUCACAUUAUCUCGAUUCACCCUAGUCUUUCGUCGAGAUUCAAAGCCGGCUACGUGGUCGGCAUGUCCAAAUUUCAACUUGACCGUGGACCGGACGGACUCCUGGCCAUGGCUCCAAAGGAUGGCCGUGUCCCACUUCUAAAGUUUCGAAAUCGACAGUUGAAUCUGCUUGUUGCAACAAGCGUCAUCGAGGAGGGUAUCGACAUGGCUGCCUGCAAUAUUGUUGUCUGCAUCGACGAUUUAACGAGCCUAAAGGCAUUCAUUCAGCGCCGGGGCAGAGCGCGUGACGAAAACUCGAAAUUCCACCUACUCAUGGGGCCGUUGAUCAAUGGGCACGAUGCCAGUGUUCUAAAUGCAGCAAAUAUUGGUCCCCUGAGAUCAGAAUGGGAGGCCCUCGAAGCUGAGAUGAAGAGAAUAUACGAAGAUGAGUUGCGUAAGGACGUUGAUUUGCAAGAAAGGCCCCAAAAGUCGGCCCUGGGCGAUGGGCGACUACAGCCAAUCUAUGGCGAGGCCAAGGGUUCCAUGCUGCUUCCACAGGAUGCCAAACAGCACUUGAGCCACUUUUGCUCCACGAUGUCGUCUAGGGCGUUUGCUGACUGCCGACCAAUGUUUACUCUACACAAGGUGGCGAUGCAUCCAGAUGAGUUUCGCGCAUUUGUGAGGCUUCCGAUAACCCUUCCAGCGCAUCUACGUCGAGCCGAGAGCAAGUAUUCUUGGCAGUCUCAGUCAGAUGCCACAGCCGAUGCAGCUUUACAGGCUUACAAGGCCAUACACAAGGCCGGCCUUCUCAACGAGCAUUUGUUGCCGCCGAGGGUAGCCGAAGAAUAUCUGUCACGAUCCAUCGAAGGCCGACCAGGCAAGAUCGCUGUGCAUGAACAGUAUCGACCAUGGCCGGACAUUCGUGAGCUUUGGAAAACAAUUCAGACAUCUCCCUCUGGAAUCCGAUCUUUUGUUUAUCGGCAUACCCUUCGAAUUUUCGACGACCAAGGAAUCGAGAUUUUUGACGCAGAUCUUAUUACACCUUGUUCUCUUCAUACAAUUCCACCGUUUGAAAUAUAUUGGACAGCUCACUCACGUCGGCCAUGGAUUGUGCAUAUAUCUGAAGGUCAGCGUCAAGAUUACGGUCGCGGAAAGGAUCAGUAUCACGACGACAGCGACCAUACCGGCACUCUCUUAUAUGCUGCGUUUGGCCACCGGUGGGCCUUGGGUGAUAUGCACCGCCUCGUGCGGAUUGUGUGCGAGGAGGAACGUUUCAGCAAAGAACUUAUAUCUUCACGCCCCUUUGACCCGCAAAUAUUUUCAGACCUGGAACGCCCUUUCUCUCCGAACUCGACGUGCCUUGUUCGGGAUGUAGACAACGUUCCAUACUACUACCAGGACUAUCUUCCAGUGAAACCCCCAUUAAACCUCGUGAGAAAGGCGUACAAGGACUAUGAGGACGCCCCAGAGGACGCUGCACAUGUUGUUGUCCGCCCAUGGCCCAAGAUUGUCGGAAUGCUACAUAGGACUUUUAAUGUGGUCCGUGACGAUGAUGAAGACAGUCCUGGCGUGUCACCUUCGCCUGCUGCUCCCGCAGCCAAACGGUAUCCGCGAGUUCUUCCGGCCGCCGAAUGUCGAGUUGACCGCCUUCCAAUAGCAUACGUCCAACUGGGCGCCUUGCUGCCGCCUCUAACAGCUGUUCUUGAGGUACAGAUGGUGGCUACCCAAUUGCUGGACUCGACACGCCUCCGUCAACUGGACAUCAAGGACGUUUCUCUUAUCGCAACAGCUAUAAGCGCUCCAGCGGCCCGCUUGCCCACUAACUACGAGUAUUUCGAGUUCAUUGGUGACUCCAUUCUAAAGGUUACCGCUGUAUCUAAUUGCAGCGCACGCGAUCUUGACGCGCCAGAAGGUCAUUUGUCGUUGCGCAAAGAUCGGCUUGUUGCCAACUCUCGCCUCUGUCGAGCAGCCCUUGAAUUCGGGUUGGAUCAUUUUAUUGUGUCUAAACAGUGGUCUUUGAGAGCCUGGAAGAGGUACUGCGAUUCGCUUGAAUCAGAACCUCAACCCAAAGACACAGACAUCACAGAUGCCCCGAAAAACAGUUCCAGCACGCCCCAAAAGCAAGAUCCACCGCUAGAAAUGUCAACAAAAAUGCUGGCUGAUGUUGUUGAGGCUCUUAUUGGUGCGAGCCAUGCUGAAAGCGGGAUGGAAAAGGCUCUACAAUGCAUUGGUCUGUUCUUGGAGGAAAUGGAUUGGCUUUCCCUGGCAGAUUGCCGGGACAUCUUAUACGAAGCGGCCCCGGUGGAGCCACCUUGUCCCCCGCCGCCCGGUCUCGAAGAACUUCUCGGCUACACCUUCACCAAGAAGUCUCUUCUGGUCCAGGCUAUUACGCACGCCUCUAUGCCUGGAUACAUGGAAGAAAUCUGCAUGGAACGUCUUGAAUUCGUCGGUGAUGCUAUCCUCGAUCACGUCAUCGUGCAAACACUCGCAAGUGUCCGCCCUCCGCUGCCGUAUCAGAGAAUGCAUUUACUUCGUACCACGCUGGCGAACGCUGCUUUUUUGGGCUUUAGCGCUAUGAUGUUCACCAUUGCCGAGCCCCCCGCAGCUUCGUCGGUUGAUCCGUUGUCGACCGCCCAGACGGACGCGGCCACUCCUUUCUUGAAACCUCUCUCGGCAUAUAUGCGGCACGGCGCGUCUCGUGAAAUGGGAAUUGCACAGGAACUUUGUGCAGAACGCUUUGCCAGCAAGAAAGACGCCAUUCUAGAGCAGCUGUGGGCGGGCCAUACGUAUCCUUGGGAGGAUCUUAUGGGGCUUGAUGCAGACAAGUUUCAUUCGGAUUUGCUAGAGGCGGUUAUUGGCGCGGUCUGGAUUGAUUCGGGCUCCUUGGGAGCCGUGGAAAUGCUGCUCGACAAGAUCGGCAUUCUACCAUACCUGCGGCGCGCUGUAAGCGAAAACAUCCACCUACUGCAUCCCAAGGAAGAGCUAGAAACUGUGACAGGCAACGUCAAGCUCCUCUACGAGGUGACACGAAUGGCAAGGUCCGAAGAAACUUCUGCACAGGGCCACACAGAGUCCAGUGGCGACGAUCCUGUGGCCCUCAAGAGAAAACAGACCUCCUCGGAGAUCAUGGACGAAGGCGACGAUAGUCUCAGUGGCAAUGAUAGCAGCGAAGGGCUCAGCGAGACAUCUGAGGACGAAAUGGACGAGGCAGAAAUCCGCCACAACGCUAUUGUGGGCAGCCGCGAGGACAGAGUCGUCUUCCAAUGCCGGCUCAGCUUCAAUGGCAAAUGCGACUUUGAAGUGAACUCCUGCAACUCUAGAGAAGAGGCCGAGACAAGGGCGGCUGGUCUGGCCUUGAAAGCCUGGAAGCAGGGAUCUCUCGGUAAGGAGACUGUGGGGCAGAAAUCUUGA